AUGCUUUUACCAUAACCACACAUAACCUUAAAGCAUGUCUUCUUCUACCGUAAAGCAGAGACACUAUUCAGCCCUAGCAUCCCGUAUACGCAGUCUCCACGCAAACCUCGCAGAGACAGAAGGUCUCCUCGAUAUGAUGACCCACCAGCUCGAUGCUACUGCCAAGAUCGGUGUACACUGUGGUUCCCAGUUUAUGGCCGUGUCUAGGCUGCUUGAUAAAGAGUUAAAGGGUCUUAUGGAUGCAGCUACCGAUGCGGACCAACAGUCUACGUCCACUGCCCCGUCACCCGAAAGAUCAUCUUAGGCAAGUCUGCGUAAUCGACAGUCUUAUCAACAGACUAAUAUGCAUCCGAGGUUGUUGUACGAUUUUGCAUUGAGCACCAUGUAUUAUAUAUGUUUAACAUGAUUGGGUCCCUGCUGUGAAAAUGGCCAUUGCAUGCAUCCUUCCUAUAGGAUCAUUCAUUU